GGCCUGGGAACGAGGUCGGCUGCUCAGUGGUCAGUUUAAAGUCUUGUGGUGGUUACCGUAUCAGUAUCGCUGUAUUAUAGUGUAGUAACAAUACAAAGUUUAUAUAUUUUUAAUUGGUGUAUUUAUUAAAUACACAAUCGUUCUUCCACAUUGUCGGUGUCCGGGGAUUUAGUCAAUUUCCCUGUAGUCUACGUGAGUGUCCCAUUUUGGACACCUGUCUUUAAUGUGAUCCUCACCAUGGCUUACCACGUCAUUAACACGGAUAGUCCUACUUCUCGUUAGGAAACCUGUAGAAGAUUUUAAACAAUUAGGGCGUUGUCUAAAGUAAACACGCUCACUACCCCAAAAGCUUGACGUUCGCAAUCAAACAAGUCUACCGGACGAGCGGUGGCCUGCAUUGCUGUACGGGGGCGUACCGUGGACGUGUUUGCCCUAGAGAUUGACAUGGUGGCCCGGUCCGGGCAUAGAGACGCAUCCAUGACGCCACCAAAUAGUUAUCCGAAACAGCCCUGUGAUAAUAACAAGUCCGUGCACGGCACAACAAUGCUCCGCCCACCGGCGUGGGUGUGAGUCGAACUUCAGAGGUAACGCAACACACCCUGGAGGCUGUUCGGGAUUAUGGGAGAACAUUCUAGAGCUUUCUGUGUAUCUGGGUACAAAAUAACGUCCCCGGGUGGUGGACGUUGCCAUUCACAGUGACACAGUCCGUGUGUGUUUAGGAUUAGUGGGACUUUUAAUCGGUCUGGUUACAUUCGUGUUAUUACCUGUUCGACUUUUCUACUUGUUUCCACCGCUUCUGCCUCCGCACCAACCCCAUUCUGCUGUCGACAUGGGGAAAGAUUACUACGAUGUGCUCGGUAUCACGAAAAGUGCCACAGUAGACGAUAUAAAGAAGGCUUAUCGUAAGCAGGCUCUUCGGUAUCAUCCCGACAAGAACAAGUCGCCGGAAGCCGAGGAUAAAUUUAAAGAAAUAGCAGAGGCGUAUGACAUUUUGAGUGACCCCAAGAAAAAAGAUGUCUAUGAUCGGUUUGGUGAAGAAGGUCUGAAGGGGGGGGGAGGCCCGACGGGGGCCGGGGCGGGGGGUCCUGGUACCUUCAACUACACGUUCCAGGGGGACCCACAUGCAGUCUUUGCAGAAUUCUUUGGUGGACGUAACCCAUUUGACCAAUUUUUUUGCAACCGCAAUGGGGGCUUUCAUGAGGAAAUGAACCAAGAGGACCCUUUCGCCCGCUUUGGGAUGUCCGGGGGUGGGCUGGGAGGUCUCCCUCGCUCCUUUAGCAGUGGGAUGGGUGGGAUGGGGGGGAUGGGGGGGAUGGGAGGUGGCACUAGUUUGACCAAACGUCAGGACCCCCCUGUGGUGCAUGACCUCCAGGUGACCCUGGAAGAAGUGUUCUCCGGGUGCGUCAAGAAGAUGAAGAUCUCCCACCAGCGGCUGAACCCUGACCGACGGAGCUGGAGAACCCAGGACAAGAUCCUGGAGGUGGAGAUAAAGAAGGGGUGGAAGGAGGGCACCAAGAUCACCUUCCCCAAGGAGGGCGAUGAGACGCCCACCAACAUCCCGGCGGAUGUUGUUUUUGUUUUGAAGGACAAGCCCCACCCGGUUUUCCGGCGGGACGGCGCUGACAUCAUUUACCCCGCCAAAGUCUCCCUUAGAGAUGCCUUGUGCGGCUGCACUGUGAGGGCGCCUACAUUGGACGGCAGGACGGUAACCCUGACAACCAGCGACAUAGUCCGCCCCGGGAUGAAGCGACGGAUCACCGGAGAGGGUCUACCUCUUGCUAAGUCUCCCGGUCGUCGAGGGGACCUAGUGGUGGAAUUUGAGGUGAAGUUUCCGGAAAGUCUCAGUGCUAGUGCACGAGGGACGAUUUCCCAAGUGCUUCCAACGUCGUAAAGUCCAGCCCCUAUCCCAGAAGGACAUUCAAGACUGGCUCCAGGCUCCCAUGGUAAAUUGCUUUCACUUUAGAUCACAAGGAUAGUGCAUAUGGACCACCCUGACAUUUGACAAUGGACAAUAGAAGGGUAGAUGUAAUCUCCUCAAGAACAGUCUUUAAAGUCAGUGCAGUUUGCUCUACCGUCUUCAACAAAGCGUUUGAGAGAAAGUAUUUAUAUUUUUUUAUAAAAUCUAGUCAGAUAAUAUAUCGGGUUAUUCCUAGUUUUAGGAAUAAGUGUGUUUAUAUGGGGGUAUCCAAAUCAAAUUAUUAUUGUUUCUUUAGUUGUAUUAAGGGGCAAAUUAAUUAAUUCAUGCUUUUUGUGGGGCUUUGUGCUAUUAGUUGAGUUUCUUUGUCUGGUUUCACUCAAAAUGUUUUGGAACAGAUGUUUACACUGCUAAUUGGUGCUUGCGGAGAAAAACGUUGUCAUAACGCAACACUCCUGUUUCUGUUUAUAUGUUGACAUGAAUGUGUACAAUUGUUAUUAAAGGAGACGCAUUGCUGCCAACCGUUCGAUUUAAGAAGCAGUGUAUAUUUUUGUCAUUCCAAACUGGCUAAACACAACAACAUGUAUAACUGGAGAUUCCACUUCGUUUUUGUAAUUGGCUCUGGGCAUUAAAACAAGAAUACAUUGAUGUAAAAGACCAAAACUAGUGGGACGAUCCUUUCUAAAAGUAGGAUGCAUCGGAUUUUAAAAGCAUUGUAUACAAUAUUGGUAAAGAUGGCAAAUGUGUGUGUGUUGUGGGUUUCUGUGUUGUGGGUUUCUGACCUUUUAUCCUCUGAUUACCUUCACUUUCUAGGUUAGUUGUAAAAUGCUUCCUCUGACACAUUUAUUGCAGGUAAUGAUAUUGAGAUCCCAUUUAUGAAAAGACAUUUUUGA